AUGGACUUAACGAGUAGGUACACAGCAAAGACUAAAAGUGGAAUUAUUUUUAGCUCUUGGUGUACUGCCAUUACCAAUCCUACAUCUUCAGGGAUGGAGAUGUCGAUUAUGGGAACAGUCGUCGGGUUAAAGACUUUCAACGAUUACUUCGAGAUAACUCCGAGUACCAACGGCUUGAUAAAUGCUUCUAUUUUCAUAGGAGCGUUUUUAUCGAUGCCAUUUGUACGUAUCUUGUUGGAUCGGUGUGGUCGGAGAACCUCUAUCUUGAUAGCUAAUCUCAUAAUGAUAUUAGGUGUCUUGAUACAGUGCACUUCGGGUAUACAUUACGGUGGUCCACGAGCACUCGCUCAAUUUGUUGUUGGAAGAAUUGUGUCGGGAGCAGGUAAUUGUCUUGUCGUUAGCUCUUCGCCUCCUUUGGUUGCCGAAAUUGUGCCCUCUAAUCAUAGAGGAGUAAUUAUGGGGGCAUUCCAUAGUUGUUAUUACGUUGGUGCUUUGAUUGCCGCCGGUGUAACAUAUGGAACAAGAAAUAUAAAUAGUAAUUGGUGUUGGAGAGCGCCUUUGAUUGUGCAAUUUGGUCCUAGUAUAAUUAGUGCUCUCGCUUUACUAUUCACUCCUGAAUCCCCAAGAUGGUUGGUCUCCAAGGGGCGUGAAGAGGAAGCAUUAGAUAUAUUCACGAGGAUUGCUGAUGGUGAAGCUGAGGUUGCUAGUAAGCAAAUAAAAGCUGUUAAGAAUGCUAUUGUUGUUGAGAGAACUGUAUACGAGACUGAAUCUGUGUGGAAAGAAGCAUUUUCCUCUAAGGCUAACUUGAGGCGUAUCCUAAUUAAUUUUAUAGUUGCGGCUUGUGUGGAAGGUUCAGGUUCAUCAAUUGCUACGUACUACAUUACUACAUUGUUGGAGCAAGCAGGAAUCACCCUGGUGUCUACUCAAUUAAAGGUAGCUAUUAUACGUAACGGGUUCUGCCUCUUUGCUUGCAUUAUUGGCUGUAUAACUUUUGAUAUCAUUGGCAGAAAACCUCAAGCACUCAUUGCAAUGACCGGUGAAAUAAUAUCUUUAUUUAUUCUUGGGGCGUUAGUGAAGGUAUAUGGCAAAAGCAGUAAUACUUCUGGCCAAUAUGGUGCGAUUGCAAUGAUGUUUAUAUUUUCGGGCUUUUAUUCUUACUGCUUCACACCACUAUUGAUGCUCUAUACACCUGAAAUUUACCCACAAAGAACGAGAGCUGUUGGUAUAACUGUACUUGAAAUAUUUGAUAACGGUUUGGGGGUUUUCUUAAAUUUCAUGUUACCUAUAGGGAUGGCAAAUAUGAGAGGAAAUUUUUAUCUUUUGAAUGGGGCGUGGAAUUUGGUAUUUAUUCCUUUGAUUUUUUUUGUUUUCGUGGAGACUAAAGGUCUAGAUUUGGAGGAAAUUGCUAGUUUGUUUGGAGAUGGUGAAAAUGCAAUUACGUUUCAAAAAGAUGAUACAAGCGAAUCUGAUGCAGAACAGAUUGAGAUUCUUGAUACAGGAAAGGUUUGA